CAAAUCCAACCCAAAAAACACAACCCUGUUUCUCGAAUCAUCGCGUCUUCUUCUCCCCGCAAAGCUAAAACCCUUUUUCAUUUCAAAACCCUCGAUAAUUUUCUCGCUUUUUUCCUUCGUUUCCUUUUCCUACUGUUAUCGGAAACCCUAAUGAGUGGCAAAGAUCGUCCCUUGGGAUCAUUGCGGAGCAUUGGGAAAUUAGGGGAAGAAAAAGGACCUUCGAGAAAGGUUGCUGCUAAUGAAGCUAAGAAAAGAGCUACUGCAAUUUCUGGAUCUACUUCCGGUGACCAUGACAAACAUUAUCUGAACUAUGCAAGAGCAGUAGGUCAAUUUCCUAGUAGCUUCCUGAGUGAUGAAAAAUUACCAGAUGCAGCUUCAGAAAAANGAGGGUUACAUCAGGACGGUAAUGAAUGCUUUAAGCAAAAAAAAUAUCUUGAAGCAAUUGAUUGUUAUUCAAGAAGCAUUGCACUGUCUCCCACAUCAGUUGCUUUUGCAAAUAGAGCUAUGGCAUACAUCAAACUCAAGAGAUAUGAAGAGGCUGAAAGUGAUUGUACGGAGGCCUUGAACUUAGAUGAUCGAUAUGUAAAAGCAUACUCUCGUCGAGCUACAGCCAGGAAAGAACUUGGAAAAUUUAAAGCUUCUAUUGAAGAUUCUGAAUUUGCAAUUAGCCUUGAGCCUAAUAACGUGGAACUCCGAAAACAGUAUACUGAGGCAAGAGAAUUGCUUGAAAAGGAAAUCUCCAAAAAGCACUCUGGUCCAUCAAAAAGCUCUGGUCAAGGGAUAAAAAGAGCUAAUAUUUUGGACGCGGCAAUGAAAGGUGUUCAGGAUUUGCCUUCUGUGUCAAGCACUGCUGCUAUGGCAUCAGCUACUUCAGUACAAACCGGCAAUGUGGAUACUACUAGUGGGAAAGCUUUCAGUAAGCCCCUAAUUGCUGCCAAUAAGGUGGAUAGCAAAGGUACAAGUAAAGAAAUUGAGAGCAGGGACUUAAUGAAUGGAUCACAUGGAACAGUAGCAUCAAGCUCCAUUGAUGGAGGGGUAAACGUUCAAGAAGGUGUUAUCCGUCGGAAGCAGGACCUGGAUGCUUCAAUUCAAAAUCUUGCAUCUCGUGCUGCGUCUCGAGUAACAGCCACUGUAAAAAAUAUUUCAGCUCCAAAGUCGGCUUAUGAGUUUGAAGUUUCGUGGAGAGCACUCUCUGGUGAUUCUGAAAAGCAAUCUUGUUUGCUGAAGAUGAUACCGCCAGCUACAUUACCUAAGAUUUUCAAAAAUGCUCUGUCUGCUCCUAUGCUGAUUGAAAUUAUCAAAUGCACUGCAGCAAUUUUCAAGGAAGACACUGAAUUUGCUGUGAGCAUUUUAGAUAAUUUGACCAAAGUCCCAAGGUUCGACAUGAUAAUCAUGUGCCUUUCUGCUGUUGAUCAUGCUGAAAUCCACCACCAAUGGGAGCAAGUAUUCUCCAUGAAGGAUAUUCGAGCUGAUCAUGUUGAUGUUCUCAAUAAACUGCGGCCAAAAUUCUGCUAUGGCCAGUGGCAGGCUCAUGUUCUUGGAUCCAAUGGGCGGCCAAAAUAAGUAUUAUCUGUUACGACUUGUAGAAAAUUUAUGGUUAUUUUUCUUGGUUCAUACUUUGGUAAUGGCUGAAGCAUUGCUUGUUUAUCUUCUGUUCUGUGCUUGCGACAGUUGGAGAGAUCUCGGUUACGACUUCAAACUAGUAAGAGGCAUGUAUGAUGAGGAUAAAAAACUUCAUGCGGUCUGUAAUUUUGUUGUUUGGAAGGAAAGCAAUAAUUUGUAAAUAGUGUAUCAAUUAAGAAACAAACUUUGUAUUUUUAAUAUUUGAUAUGUGCACCUUAGAUGAGUUUAAUUUCUUCAAACCCACCUUCGAGAGUGUAAUUUGAUGUGGAUUCUGUGAA